AUUACGACAAGAAGUAGCUUUUACAAUUUCAUACUUGCCGCAAGUGGGAAUGCUAAUUUCAUGCUUGUAUAUAAAUGUAUAUAAUCUUUUGUAGUAGAGAGAUAUAGCACCACAAGAAUUAUAUGGAGAAUGAAGAGCAGUUUGUUGAUGGAAAGGUGGACUGGAGAGGAAGACCAGCUAGAAGGGGCAAGCAUGGAGGAGUCAAAUCUGUUUUUCCUGUGCUUGUAUCAUUUGCUUUCGAGAACGUGGCGACCUUCUGUUUGUCUGUCAACUUAGUGACCUACUUCAGCCUUGUAAUGCAUCAUGACAUAUCAGAUUCAGCGAACCAUGUCACCAAUUACAUGGGGACUGGCUAUAUACUGGCUAUCAUAGUGGCUUACCUGACAGACGGUCACUUAGGCAGAUACAAAGCUGUUAUUCUUUCCUUGUCAAUAGAGUUCUUGGCGCUUGGAUUACUGACAAUACAAGCUCACUACCCCAAACUCAAGCCCCCUCCAUGUAACAUCUUUGAUCCGACUACAAAAUGCGAGGUAGUUGAUGGAAGGAACUCUGUCAUUUUAUUUGCGGGUACAUAUGCUUUAGCCCUUGGGGCGGCUGGAGUGAAGGCCUCAUUACCAACACACGGUGCUGAUCAGUUUGAUGAAAAAGACCCUAAAGAGGCGAAACAGAUGUCAAGUUUUUUCAACUGGCUAUUACUAGCACUGUGCAUUGGCGCGGCUGUUAGCUCAACCUUGAUCGUGUGGAUUCAGGAUUAUAAAGGAUGGGAUAAGGGAUUUGGUAUUUCCGCCCUUGCUGUCUUGGUGGGUAUCAUUGUUUUUUCUGGUGGAUUUCCUCGAUACAGAGUACAUGUUACUAGAGGAACUGGUGCAAUGACUGAAAUCAUUCAGGUGUAUGUAGCAGCUGUCCGUAACAGGAAGCUCAAAUAUCCUGAUAACGAUGCAGAGCUAUACGAGAUCAGUAUGGACAAGGAAGAGGCCUUGGAACAAGAAUUCCUUCCACACACACAAGAUUUCAGGUGGUUAGAUAAAGCAGCAAUACAAACAUCAGCGGAAAUUGAGCUUGCAGAAAAACCCAAAAAUCCAUGGAAACUCUGCAGAGUGACCCAAGUAGAGAACGCAAAAAUAAUACUAGGCAUGAUUCCAAUUUUCUUGUGUACCAUAAUAAUGACCCUCUGCUUGGCUCAGUUACAGACUUUUUCCAUCCAACAAGGCACAACAAUGGACACAACCAUUACCAAAUCUUUCAACAUUCCACCAGCAUCUCUCCCCAUUUUUCCUGUUGCCUCCCUCAUCAUCCUAAUCCCAAUUUACGAUGUAUUUUUUGUGCCAUUUGCUCGUAAGUUCACCGGCCUUCCUACUGGCAUAACUCACCUCCAACGAGUAGGAGUCGGUCUAGUCCUCUCCUGCUUGUCCAUGGCUGCAGCAGCCAUACUUGAAGCAAAAAGAAAAAGAGUUGCCCGGGACAAUAACAUGCUUGAUGCAAUCCCUACACUACAGCCAUUGCCCAUUAAUGUGUUCUGGAUAAUGAUUCAGUACUUCAUUUUUGGCAUAGCUGACAUGUUCACGUACGUUGGACUUCUUGAGUUCUUCUACUCAGAGGCUCCCAAGGGGCUUAAAUCCAUCUCUACUUGUUUUCUCUGGAGCUCCAUGGCACUUGGGUAUUACUUGAGCACGAUUCUUGUACAGAUUCUGAACGCGGUGACAAAGAAUAUCACAGCAAGUGGAGGAUGGUUGGCUGGAAACAAUAUUAACAGGAACCAUUUAAAUCUCUUCUACUGGUUACUUUCUUUGAUGAGUCUUAUUAACUUCAUCGUAUAUCAGUUUGUGGCUAAGAAUUACAAGUAUCGAUCACAUGGACCUAGCGACGAGGCUGAUAAUAAGGUACGUGAAGUAAAUGAUUUGGAGGAGGCUGAUGUUGAAAGAUCAAGUCAGUGACUUAACCAAGGGUACCAACAGAUCAGUUCAGUGUCUGUGUAUGUUUUUCCUCUCAAGUCUCAACAUAUGUGUAUGCGUGUACUUAUGUAUUUUUUUUAGCUAUUUUGUAGCUUCACAUUAUGCAUCAUAGCUAGAAUCAACACUACAUAUAACUCAUGCAGAUAUAUUUUGUUUCCCA